CGCGUAUAUACCUGCUUUCGUUCGUUCAAGUUACGCUCCCUCACAUUUGACUUUCACACACAAUACCUGAUCGGCGACUAUGGCGACGAACGGGGUUGCGGCGUUGAUGGAUAAGAAGCCCAAGACGAAGAUUGUGUGCACCUUGGGCCCUGCAUCGAGGUCUGUGCCCAUGGUCGAGAAGCUUUUGAGGGCUGGGAUGAACGUCGCUCGCUUCAACUUCUCUCAUGGAUCUCACGCCUAUCACCAAGAAACUCUUGACAAUCUCAGAAAUGCUAUGGAAAAUACUGGCAUUCUUUGUGCUGUCAUGCUUGAUACCAAGGGACCAGAGAUUCGAACUGGGUUUUUGAAGGAUGGAAAACCCGUCCAGCUGAAACAGGGUCAAGAAAUUAUCAUAUCAACUGACUACAGCAUAAAGGGUGAUGAAAAGAUGAUCUGUAUGAGCUACAAAAAGUUGCCUGAGGAUGUCAAUCCUGGCAUGGUAAUACUAUGCGCAGAUGGCACAAUUUCAUUCAAAGUAUUGUCAUGUGACAAAAAAGCAGGUUUGGUUAGAUGUCGUUGUGAGAAUUCUGCAGUUCUUGGCGAGAGGAAGAAUGUUAAUCUGCCUGGGGUCGUGGUGGAUCUGCCAACACUGACAGAUAAAGACAAGGAGGAUAUAUUGGGCUGGGGAGUCCCCAAUCAAAUUGACAUGAUUGCGCUGUCUUUUGUUCGAAAAGGUUCAGAUCUUGUGGGGGUUCGGAAGGUGCUUGGACCCCAUGCUAAGAACAUCCUAUUGAUGUCAAAGGUUGAAAAUCAAGAAGGGGUUGCAAAUUUUGAUGACAUCCUCGCAAAUUCGGAUGCAUUUAUGGUGGCACGAGGAGAUCUUGGAAUGGAAAUUCCAAUUGAAAAGAUAUUUCUAGCACAAAAAGUGAUGAUCUACAAGUGCAAUAUUCAAGGAAAACCUGUUGUUACAGCAACCCAGAUGUUGGAAUCCAUGAUCAAAUCUCCCAGGCCAACUAGAGCAGAGGCUACUGAUGUUGCCAAUGCAGUUCUUGAUGGGACGGACUGCGUCAUGUUAAGUGGUGAAACGGCUGCUGGAGCAUAUCCGGAACUUGCUGUUAGAACCAUGGCAAAGAUAUGUAUAGAAGCAGAGAGUACGCUUGAUUAUGGAGAUGUAUUCAAAAGGAUAAUGCUACACACACCUGUGCCCAUGAGCCCAUUGGAGAGCCUGGCUUCUUCUGCUGUUAGAACGGCCAACUCCAUUAAGGCGGCAUUUAUAUUGGUCCUUACAAGGGGAGGAAGCACUGCAAAGCUGGUGGCCAAGUAUAGGCCUGGCAGGCCUAUAUUAUCUGUAGUUGUUCCUGAGAUUAAAACUGAUUCCUUUGACUGGUCAUGCAGCAAUGAGGCUCCAGCAAGACAUAGCCUUAUAUUCCGUGGUUUGGUUCCUGUUUUAUAUGCAGGAUCUGCCAAGGCUUCUAAUGCUGAGACAACAGAAGAAGCAUUGGAUUUUGCCUCUCAGCAUGCCAAGGAAAAAGGACUAUGCAAGAGUGGGGAUGCCAUUGUUGCGCUUCACCGGGUUGGAACUGCGUCAGUUAUAAAGAUCAUGACUGUGAAGUGAUGAUUCUGUUUUCAAGUAUUCAGAUGGAGAGAAUCCCAAUGCUUUUGUAAGUUCUAAAUUAUUUUUCCUGCUUCGAUUUCAUCCUCUGGUUUGAGAGGAACUCAAUUAUGUUCAAAUCCAUAUGUUAUGGGAAUUCCACAUCUUUGCAUCUUUUCCUUGGUGACACAUUUAGUAACACCUAAUGGAAACUUUUCCUCCACAUUUUAUGUUGUAAUAUUUAUUUUGGUUAGUAGUAAACUCUUUUACGUUUGGCAAA